CCUACGAGUCACACCGUUCCCUGUCUCUCGGUUCUCAUCUCCUCACUUGCAGGGACUCCGCGUAACCUAGGCGCCCUUUUAUCUUGGGCCUCAGUUGCUCUUUAUGUGAAAUAGUGGAAAGUUGGAUCGGCCGAGCGCUAACAUUCCAGAACUGAAAAGGGGUGCGGGGGACAGGGAGAUGGGGCCCCUCACGUGACUGCCCCUUGCGGGGCCCCGCCUAUCCCUGGUCUCGGGGGGUGAAAGCACAGGGCGCGGGCGGGCGGGAAUGGGCGGCUCCAGGGAAAUCCGUCCUGGCCGUCCUUGGCAGCAGCUCAGGCGGAGCGCGAGCCUCGGCGGCCUGCUUCCCCUGGCGUCGGCGCCGGAGGACAUGGGGGCCGCGUCCCGGGCUUCGCAGGGGGCCACCGUGGAUGCGAGGGACAGGCAAAAACCCGUCGCGUGACUCGGAGCGUGCCUGGAGAACAUGGACGAGCGCACAGCAGGCAGUUAACCGGGCUCCUUUCCGCGCCUAUCCUGCGGAGGCGCCCAUCGCAGGCUCAGCCGACUCUCGGGUGAUGAGGGACGCGCGGGCCACCCGGAUUGGGGCUGGCGUCCGGGCUGGCCGCGACCCGCCUCUCUGAGGGCGUGAGGCAGAGAGGCGCGCGGGCUGCCGUUCCGGCCGGACCGCUGUGCCAUGGCGAGGGAGGAGUGCAAGGCGCUGCUGGACGCGCUUAACAAGACUACUGCCUGCUAUCACCACCUGGUACUGACCGUCGGCGGUUCGGCGGACUCGCAGAACCUGCGGGAAGAGCUGCAGAAGACACUCCAAAAGUCGCAGGGGCUGGCGGUGGCCACUCGUGCACAGCUCACAGCCGCGCUGCGCGACCGAAGUUUGGGAGCCGAGGAGCUGGCCGAGUUCGAACGCCUCUGGGUGGCCUUCUCCGGGUGCCUAGACCUGCUGGAGGCCGACAUGCGGCGCGCGCUGGAGCUGGGAACCGAGUUCCCGCUGCGCGCACCGCGGCGGCCGCUGGUGUGCACUGGCGUGGCAGGUGGCCCGGCAGGUGUGGCUGCGCGCGCUCUGAGCGCCUGCAGCCUGCAGCGCGAGGCGGAUAGCGACUUCGACGGGGCCGACCUGGGCGAGCUGGAACAAGAGAUCCUUCAGAUGGGCGAGAUGAUCCACGACAUGGAGAUGAAGGUCAACGUGCCCCGCUGGACGGUGCAGGCCCGGCAGGCCGCGGGCGCCGAGCUCCUGUCAGGUGCCAGCGCCGGUGCUUCCUCGGCCAGCGGAAUGUCGGUGGAGGAGCGUUCCGGGCCCUGCGACCAGAGCAGAGCUCUGGCCGCCACCGUUUUCAGUGCCGUGCUGUUGGCGGCUGUGGCCCUGGCCGUGUGCGUGGCGAAGCUGAACUGACUGACUGCCGCCCGCCACCACAGCCCUUUUCCCAGGGUCACCCCUCUGGGAACGAGUCCCACCGCCGAGACUCCGGGUGACUAAGUGGCCUGGCAGGGUUAGGGGGAACUGUCCUAAAACUACGUGCGUGUACAUUGUACAUUCCAAACACACAUCUGCCUAUGCAGGACAUGGCUUCUUCAAGCAGGCUCGGAAAGAGUUAACUUUGCGCUGGCGGUCAGGGCAUUACAGCUAAGGUCUGCAGGAGCUUUAACCCCUAUUAAUAGAAAAGUCUACAUUGACCCCAGAUCCCUCUGAGUUAACGGGUUACUGCGUGUGCUGCUGGGGCGUAUUUACGCCGGGUCUGAGCUUGGUGCCCUCACCCCAGCCGGCGACUCCCACCCUCCACACAGGGCAGUUUGGAAAGGGAUUGAGGUGGAAUGAAUUGUGAAAAGCGGAUUGUUUGGUUUCUUGUACAAGGAACAAAUUGCAAUAAGAUGUAGGCAGUUUUUAUUACCUUAAUCCUUUGGGGCCUAAGCUUAGGGAAUGUGCAAAUAGAAGUUCAUGCAGUGUUUUCUCUAUAGGAUACUACUAUGCUUCUUGGCACACUAUCCAUUAGUCACAAAAAGCAGCUAGAAGAGGUUGGGGUGGUGACGUCCUGCUGCUGUGCAGGAUCUGACGCUACUUAGGAAACCAGAGAAUGUCCAUUGAAACUGCUGUCACCGGCUUGGGUCCACUGCACACACUUGGUUGCUGAAGAGGGUUUCCCCAGACAGCUCUGGUGAUGGGGGAGGCUUUGGGAAAGUCCACAUGCUAUAUAAACAGGCACUUUCUCCAUCAGUGGGGCUUAUUUUUGUUCCAGUACCAGACUAGAUUGUUUGAUCCUCUUUUAGGGAGGGCUGGGGAAUCCUCUUUGGAGCCUUUAAUCCUAUCCUUCACCUGGAAUUUGCUUGCUGACCAGUAGGAGAGCUAGCUUUGGAGGUUGCUGCACAGCUCAGGGACCUCCCCUCCCCACUCCCUCACCCCCUGCCCCCACUGGUGUCUGAGAAGGUGGGGUGGUAUUGCUGGCUCAUAGAUGUUUUGAGCCAAGCAGCUCUGAGACUGGGCUAAAUGUAACAGCUUUAACUUGGAAUUUAA